AUGUCCCAGGUUGUAUAUAUCACCCUCGAACAACCCACGCCCAAUCAUAUAGAGUAUAUCCUUAAAUCUCAGACCGAUUGGAUUCAUCCCCAUUUAAUUGAAAGCGUCGACCCGGUCAAAGGCCGUCAGAUCCGGGCCUCGGAACACAUCCCGAAAGGCACCUGCGUGCUUAUCGACCACCCCUAUGCAAUAAUUCCAGUCGUGGAUGACCCAGCGACGAACGACGACCUCAUCUGCAGCAAUCCAGCUUGUAAUCGUCGGUCUCCGCGUCAUUCGGGCCGUUUCUCAUGUUCCAAUUCCUGCAUUGCGGAUGUUGCGUGGUGCAGUAGCGCUUGCAGAGACGCUGACAAGGCCCGCCAUGAUUUUGAAUGCACAUGGCUGAAACGCUAUGCCGAUCCUAUUCGAAAGAAAUGGGGCGAGUACGAUUUCGGCAUGCUAUGGGUGAUUGUUCGGCUGCUUGCUUCUCGGCAUACGGAGCCAGAGCCACAAAAGGACAACGUCGUACCGACGUCGCAGCGAUUGAAACGUGGCUGGGCUGGUAUUGAGUCGCUAUGCGGAUCUGUCGACACAUGGCCUCAUGAGCAGGUCCGAUCCUGGACCACAUUGUUGAAGAAAUAUCUCCAAAAUAGCCCUGUUCUGCCUCAUGGAUUCAGUUCAGACCAGGUGUUGCAUCUGGUCUGCCAGGAAGAGGCCAAUUCUUUCGGUCUCUAUCCAAGAGAGACGGGCAUAUUUCCACCUCCGCAACCCGCUGUUGAUCGAGGGGAGCAAUUCGCUGCAGCAGUCUAUCCUACUGCAGCAAUGGCAAAUCACUCCUGUGUACCCAAUAUGACGCAUAAGCCCGAUGAAGAUGGCCGCAUGAUAUUCACGGCUUCUCGCGACAUUCUACCGGGUCAAGAAUGCUGCAUUUCCUACUUUGACCUGACCAAGUAUACCGACUUGGCUUCGCGCCGCGAGCAUCUACGUAAAUCGUUCAAGUUUACUUGUCAGUGCGAUCGAUGCACAUCUGAAGAGCCCGUGGAGGAGAACGAUGACUGGACUUCAAUGCCAAUGAUGGAUCUAUAA